CAACCACGAACAGAAAGAAAGGAAUUUAAUUUAAUUUCUCCAACUUCUUGAUCAAUCGCCAAAAAUCACCAGCCUGCGGUCGUCGCUCGACCUCCUCAAUCAUCCGCGGCCACCAAAAUCUGCCCAUCUCCGGUAAUCUUCAGAUGACAAACGCUCCCAACUCUGGCUUCGUGGAGGAUGUAUGGCUGAAGAAACUAGAGAGCAUGGAGAAUGCCAAGAAAUGCUUGCAGGGAGAAAUCGAGCGGUUGGCGGAUGAGGUCUUGGGGAAGCAUGCAGGUACCGAUCUGAAGCCCGAGGUGGUGGAGGCCUUACUCAGUAGUAGAGGCAGUAGCACCCAUGCCGGGUCGAUCAAGAAGCUGGUUCUGGACCUGCUCAAGGAUCUUGAAGCCACAGAUGCGAGGCAUCAAGUGGUUGAAAUGGAGCUCCGGCAAAUGAACGAGAGAAAAGUCAAGGUUGCUAAGCAAGGAUGGCACAUCGCCUUCGUACUCCUUUCAGUUAUGAUUGUAUUCAUGGUCCUUUUACCAAAUCCAAUUAGCUGUCUCUUCUAAGCUGAGAUCUAGAGGAGUUUAGAAUGUCCUUCAUUCCAAAAGUAACUAUCGAUCAAUACAACUCCUUGUGUUCUAUGUUUCUCCAUAUAUCUGAUUUCUC